GAUGAAUAAAAUGCCAUGGCUGUAUUAUAGCCCAGCAAAAGGAUCAACAGUUCUCAAAGAUACCUCAUUAACAGCCAUAUAUAAGCCUAAUUCUGAGCUAAAAGUUUAUUUAGCUGCAUUCAAAGUAAACGGGGAGUUUUUAGGCUUUCAAGAUGCAACACAAGGUGGACAACUGCAGUUGUGCAAAGAUACAUCAGCUCGAAUGAAAGCUGCCUAUCAGUUUGCUACUGCAUAUCAACAAACC